CCCAGGGGCGAAGGCGGAGGAGGAGGAGGAGGGCGGGAGGAACGGGUAGGAGCACCAUCGGCCAUGUCGACCUCCUCGCUGCGGCGCCAGGUGAAGAACAUUGUGCGCAACUAUUCGGAGGCAGAGGUGAAGGUGCGUGAGGCCACCUCGAACGACCCGUGGGGGCCGUCCACCGCCCUGAUGGGCGAGAUCGCCGACCUCACCUACAACGUGACGGCGUUCGCCGAGAUCAUGGGCAUGUUGUGGCGCCGUCUGAACGACCACGGCCGCAACUGGCGGCACGUCUACAAGGCCCUGGCGCUGGCCGAGUACCUGGUGAAGACGGGUUCGGAGCGGGUGGCCCGGCAGUGCCGGGAGAAUGUCUACGCCGUGCAGACGCUGCGCGACUUCCAGUACGUGGACCGCGACGGCCGCGACCAGGGGGUCAACGUGCGCGAGAAGGCCAAGCAGCUGGUGGCGCUCCUCAAGGACGACGCCAGGCUCCAGGAGGAGCGGGCGCAGGCCCUGCGCACCAAGGAGAAGCUGGCACAGGCGUCGGCAG